CGACCUCACAAAAUUUCCCAAAUUCGAAAGGCAGGGAAACACAGCGGAAAUCCACACAAGAUUUCUCAAUCGUAGACCCAGAUUUGCUCGAUCGAUUUCUCCAAUUACUCUCAUUCAUCUGAAAUCAUGGCCAAUGCAGCAUCCGGGAUGGCUGUGCAUGAUGAGUGCAAGCUAAAGUUUCUAGACUUGAAGGCAAAGAGGACCUUUCGCUUCAUCGUUUACAAAAUUGAGGAGAAACAGAAGCAAGUUGUGGUGGAAAAGCUGGGAGAACCAGCUGAAAGUUAUGAAGAUUUCACAGCAUGCCUCCCUGCUGAUGAAUGCCGAUACGCUGUCUAUGAUUUUGAUUUUGUGACAGCAGAAAAUUGCCAAAAGAGCAGAAUUUUCUUCAUUGCAUGGUCCCCGGACACUGCAAGGGUGAGGAGCAAAAUGAUCUAUGCAAGCUCGAAGGACAGGUUCAAGAGAGAACUUGACGGCAUUCAAGUAGAGUUGCAAGCAACCGAUCCUACUGAGGUGGGCCUUGAUAUUAUUAAAAGCCGUGCUAACUGAAGCAUUGAAUGGAGAUCCCCUUCUUCAUAGAAUCUCAUCGUUUAUGUUAAAUGUCUAAUGGUUGUGGAAAGCAGGAUGAACAUUUAGGUACGAUAUCGCCUGCCUUACCUGCUUUACCUUUCAAGUUGCUUCCUCAAGAAUUCUAUGAAUUCUGGUAUAAGUUGUGAUGUUUUCUGUGUGAUCCUACAAAAAAGAAAUAUGAAUGGGUAUUUGUAUGUUCGUUUGAUUUUCGCACUCAGCUUCUGCAUACUGAAAUUCGAAUACUGACCAACCUUUUUGCU